GACUGGCAGUUGGGUGGAAAACACAGACGCGGCUUGUCGAUUGAAUUAAAUAUAAAUAUCAUAUCUCGCAGCUGAAUUAAAUAUUUAAAAAUGCGUGCCACACAGACGCUGGCUGCGCUGCUGCUGCUGCUGCUGUUGCGGGGCACGCACUUGACUGGAGCGGCGGCUGUCAGCGUCGGCGCAGCUGAUGACAAGGAAGUGGCACCAGUUGGCGCUGUAACAACGGAUCUGCUGUCAUUGGAGCCGGAAAUUGGCGGCUCUGCGGUGCGGAGGGAAGAGCAGCAGGAGCAGCAACGAGGUGCCCGUCGAGAGCGUGGCAUCUUCUUAAGCGUCGGCUUCCCGGGCUAUCCCUUCGGCGGCUGGGGCAGUGGCUACGGCUGGUCCUUUCCCGGCCUGGGCUACGGCUCUUACGGGCCUGCACCCCCGUACUAUGGCUAUUAUCCGGGCUACCUGGGCUAUCAGAAAAUUAUAAUCGGCUAAUGCGUAGCUCAACCACCGACAAACAUGAAAUUCAUUCAUUCAAUGUGAGAUUAUAAAUAAUGUGCAGCGCGACGCGGCCCGACGACGACCCUUCUGCAGUUUGCUUGCUGGGCUUAAUGUGUACUUGUGGCAAUUGUUGUGGUCUUAUUGUUGCUGUAACUGUGGCUGUGGCUGUGGGUGGCUGUUGCGAGAUACUUUUAAAUUAAUUUGCUGGACAUAAAAAGUUGCGCCAAGUUGGGGCGAAAGAAAAACAUGAAAUUGCACAAUUUA